GCUGGGAGAAGCGGACUGUCAGCGGGGAGAAGCGGACUGUCGGCGGACUGUCUGCGGGGAGAAGCGGACUGUCUGCGGGGAGAAGCGAACUGUCUGCGGGGAGAAGCGAACUGUCGGCGGGGAGAAGCGGGAUGUCUGCUCCGGUCAUGCCGGGAGAGGAGCGAGUUUCUCCGCUGAAGAACUUCUUGGCUGGAGGAGUCGGUGGAGCCUUUCUGUUGCUGGCGGGACAUCCGCUGGACACCAUCAAGGUGAGACUUCAGACGCAGCCCAAAGCUUCCUGUCCUCAGUAUGUCCUCUACACAGGAACAUAUGACUGCUUUCGCAAGACCGUGUCGAAAGAGGGCCUUCUGGGGCUGUAUAAAGGGAUGGGGGCCCCUCUGGCAGGUGUGGCUCCUAUGAUGGCGAUCAGUUUCUUUGGUUUUGGUCUGGGGAAACAGCUGCAGCAGAGAGAUGCUGCUACACCCCUAACGUACACUCAGGUCUUCCUGGCGGGCUGUCUGGCUGGAGUCUUCACUACAGUCAUCGUGGCUCCAGGAGAGAGGAUUAAAUGUUUGCUGCAGGUGCAGGCUGGCAGCGGACAGUCGAAGUACUCGGGUCCGGUGGACUGUGCGGUGCGGCUGUACCGGGAGCAGGGCCUCCGCAGCGUCUACAAAGGAACUCUGCUCACUCUCAUCAGAGACGUUCCUUCUAAUGGACUCUACUUCCUGACAUAUGAAUGCCUCAAACACUUCCUGACUCCUGAGGGUCAAAGCGUAUCUCAGCUCAGCACUCCCAACAUCCUGCUGGCUGGAGGCGUCGCAGGGAUCCUGAACUGGACGAUCGCUCUUCCUCCUGAUGUCCUCAAAUCCAACUUCCAGACAGCUGCAGACGGGAAGUAUUCAGGUCUAGCAGACGUUUUGAGGACCUUGCUGAGAGAAGAAGGAGCUAAAGGUCUCUAUAAAGGAUUCAAUGCCGUGUUUCUACGAGCGUUUCCUGCUAAUGCCGCCUGUUUCUUGGGGUUUGAGGUGGCGUUAAAGGGACUGAACUGGCUCGCACCCAGCUGGUAAAAUACAUCUGUAACUGGUUUCCAGUAUGAAGCAGCUAGUAAAAUACAUCUGUAACUGGUUUCCAGUAUGAAGCAGCUAGUUAAAUACAUCUGUAACUGGUUUCCAGUAUGAAGCAGCUGGUAAAAUACAUCUGUAACUGGUUUCCAGUAUGAAGCAGCUAGUUAAAUACAUCUGUAACUGGUUUCCAGUAUGAAGCAGCAGCUGAAUUGAUAUUUUCAGGUGAAACUUUAAAUGCACAUUUUGAAUGUAUGAUUUUUAGAUGUAGUGAAAUUCUUCUUUUUCUCAUUUUUUAAGUGUUUACAAACUAUUUGUGAUGCUUUAAAAUGUCAGAUCAGAACUAUUUGAUGCAGCUUUCAGCAUUAUUGAUCCUCAGGUGAACUUGUUUGUUUACUUUUAUAAGCUUUGCAAAUAAGAGUGAAUAAAGAGUUUUAUAACAGCU